AUGGGAAAACUUUUACUACUAUUGAUGGUUUUAAUUAGCAGCUUAAUUGUUGUUAACGCGGAAAACGAUGAACGAGACAAAGAUUACAGUUUUGGAGACAUUUUUACCGUCGUGAAAACAAUUAUUAAAAAAUUUAAAGAUUUUGUGUUUGAUGGAUUGCAAGUAGCUGAUCCUAUUGAUACUGAUACCACUUUUUGGUGCUUGAAUAGGGAGUCUCCAGAUGAUGAGAUGCAACAAGUAGCUAUGCAUGAUCCUAAAUUAGAGAAAAAAAUCAAUUUGACGAAACCAAUAGCUUUUAUAAUUCAUGGAUGGAUUGAUCAUGUCAACAGAGCUUGGGUUACGGAUUUAAUGAAAGAUUACAUCAAGUACAUUGACAUGAACGUCUGUGGCGUUGAUUGGUCUGAUCUAGCAACUAACGAAUAUGUUCUAAUAAAGAAAAAAUACGCUCCAAGAGUUGCAAAAAACCUCGCAAACUUUAUAAAAUUCUUGUACAAAGACCAUCAAGUCAGUUACGAUGACAUUUCUUUAGUAGGUCACGGUUUAGGAGCGCAUAUAGCAGGCUUUGCUGGAUCUCGUCUAAAGGGUAAAAUUGGUAAAAUUUUCGCUUUAGAUCCUGCUGGUUUGUUAUACACCCAUCCGGGAUUACUAACUUUGGGAACGACAAAAGAUGAUCGCUUAGAUCCAAGUGAUGCGAAAUACGUUCAAGCUAUUUACACAUCAAGGCUGAAGAAGAAGGAAUGGUUGUCAAUGGGAGCUAUUAAUGACAUUGGCCAUGCCAAUUUCAAACCGAAUGGAGGAACAUCUCCUCAACCAGCUUGCAAAGGAAAAUAUUUGUCAAGCUCAGCAGCUUUGGAAAAGUUUUCUUGUAGUCAUUUAAUAGCAGUUGAUUAUUUCCGAUAUGCACUUGAUCCGGAAAACUUUUUCGAUUUCUAUGAAUGUACUUCAAAGAAAUGUGACAAUCCAGUAAGGUUAGGAGUUUAUGCUGAUACUUCUAAACAUGGCAACUUCACGGGAGUUACAAUUCCUGAAGCUCCAUUUACAACAAUUAAUUUGGUUAAGGAGGAUCCAAAAAUUCAUCUUAAUAAAAAAUCGAAGAAAAACGAGAAAAAUGACCGCGAUUAA